AUCACCUACAGGGAAUGAAUUCACCAACUCUCCUCGACCGCCAAGAACGUACGUGAGUGUGAAUUGCGAUGGAUUAUUUCCGUUAAAUCUCCCAGUUUUUCGGCCUCGAGUGUUGAUUAGCAGCAGCUGCCGAGGAGCCGUGACGGCAAGUAAACUGUCGGCGGGGCAGUAGAGCGCCUCCACGAUGGCCAGUCCAGAGGAAGUGAUCGAGGCGGUGACCGAGACCUCAGCGGCGGACACACUGGGGAGAAGACGCUUCUCACGUGACAUCUACAGCCUGAGUCCUGAUGAGUUGGACGGCCUCAUGUCCAGCAGCGAUGGACGCCCGUUCCUGACCGUGCAUCAUCUUCCUGACAUGAAGGAGACGGGCGUCCCGUACCUGAUGCCCGGCGUCCCUGUCACGUGUAAAGUGGACAACACAGAGAAGUACACGACUCGAUCAAAGGUGCGUGUAGGUACCCUGUACACCGUGAGGCUAACACACGGUCACUUCCACUGGACAGUGAAGAGGAAAUACAAACAUUUCCAGGAGCUGCACCGAGACCUUUACAAGCACAGGAUGAUGAUCCACCUGCUGCCCCUGGGACGAUUUGCGAAGGAGCGUCAGCAGCUGAGGGGCAUGACCGAGGAGAUGCCCAGUCUUCACGGGACAGAGCGAACCAGGAGGACGUCCAGUAAAAUGAAAUACUUGGAGGAGUACCUGAACGGUCUGCUGGAGAACGCCUUCUGUAGGAAUGAUCACAGCAUGCUGGAGUUCCUCUCUGUCGGGGCGCUCUCCUUCAUCACUGAUCUCGGACCCAAAGGCUUGGAAGGGCCUAUUUUUAAGAGGUCAGGAGGUCACAGGAUCCAGGGUCUGAACUGCAUCGGUCACCACCAGUUCUGCUUCCGCUGGUCGCGUCGGUGGCUGGUGGUCAAAGACUCUUUCCUGAUGUACAUGAACCGAGACAACGGCUACAUCAACUUUGUGCUGCUCUUCGACCCCGAGUUCAACGUGAAAGUGGGCCGAGCGUACACCAACACUAAAUAUGGAGUCUGCAUCGAGAACUUCACACGAAAUCUGAUCAUCAAAUGCAGCAGCUACAGACAGGCUCAAUGGUGGAGCCACGAAAUCAACCAGCUCUCAGAAUCCUGCGACUUCCUCAAAGUGCAGCGCUUCGAUGGGUUACUGCCACCGCGGCAGAACACGCUCACCAAAUGGUAUGUGAAUGGCAGUGGCUACUUCUCAGACCUGGCUGAUGCUCUUGAACAAGCCAGGGAGGAGAUCUUCAUCACUGACUGGUGGCUCAGCCCUGAAGUGUUUCUGAAAAGACCAGCGACUGACACCUACUGGCGACUGGACCAGAUCCUCAGACGUAAAGCAGAACAAGGAGUCAAAGUGUGUGUUCUGCUGUACAAAGAGGUGGAGCUGGCCCUCGGCAUCAACAGUGAGCACAGCAAGAGGACCCUCAUGAAUAUGCACCCCAACAUCAAGGUGAUGCGACACCCCGACCACGUGUCCUCCGUGGUGCUGCUGUGGGCCCACCACGAGAAGAUGGUGGCCAUCGAUCAGACCGUGGCUUUUGUCGGGGGAAUAGACCUGGCGUUCGGGAGGUGGGACGACAGUCAGUACCGACUCACCGACCUGGGAUCGACGGAAGAGUCGACGACGACGACUGAAGAGGAGAAACAAAACAAAGAAGGCAACGGUGAGGUUGAUGGUUCGAAACCAGCAGACGCAGCGGAGCAGGAUCCUGACAGUUUGACGGGCAACACUAAACUGUGGCUGGGCAAAGACUACAGCAACUUCAUCAAGAAAGACUGGGUGCAGCUGGACAGACCGUUCGAAGAUAACAUUGACCGUACUCAAAUCCCCCGCAUGCCCUGGCGUGACCUCUCUGCUGCUGUUCACGGCCGAGCUGCCAGGGACUUGGCACGCCACUUCAUCCAGCGCUGGAACUUCACCAAGAUCUUCAAAAACAAAUACAAGGACACCUUCUACCCCUACCUUCUUCCCAAGUCUCAGUGCACGGCCGACGCACUUCCAUUCACCGUGCCUGGAUCCAGUAAAGCCAGAGUUCAGGUGCUGCGUUCUGCUGAUCGAUGGUCGACUGGGACCUGUGAGUGCUCCAUCCUCAACGCCUACAUCCACACCAUUGAGAACAGUGAGCACUACAUCUACAUCGAGAACCAGUUCUUCAUCAGCUGUGCCGAUGGGAAGACCAUCUACAAUGGUAUCGGCGACGCCAUCGUCAACAGAAUCCUUCGUGCUCACAGAGAGAAGAAGAAGUACAGGGUGUUUGUGGUGAUCCCGCUGCUCCCUGGGUUUGAAGGCGACGUCAGUGCCGGCGGUGGAAACGCCAUCCAGGCCAUUUUACACUUCACCUACAGGACCAUAUGCAGGGGAGAAAACUCCAUCCUGUCCAGACUCAGUGAAGUUGAAGACAUGUGGACGGAGUACAUCACCUUCUGUGGCCUGAGAACUCACUCUCAGCUCUCGGCGUCGCUCGUCACUGAACUCAUCUACGUUCACAGCAAGACCCUGAUCGCUGACGACCGCUGCUACAUCAUCGGAUCAGCCAACAUCAACGACCGCAGCAUGCUGGGCAGCAGAGAUAGCGAGUUGGCAGUGUUUGUGGAGGAUGAAGAGCGGGUGUCGUCAAUCAUGGGAGGGGAGGAGUAUCAGGCUGGACCGCUCACUCUGGCUCUGCGCAAAGAGUGUUUCAGCGUCCUGGUUGGAGCUUCUUCAGAUCCGAGUAUCAACUACGACGAUCCAAUCAGUGACCAUUUCUUUUUCUUGGUGUGGAACACAUUCGCUAGAGAGAACGCCAUCAUUUACGACAAGGUCUUCAGUUGUCUUCCACGCGAUGGAGUCAAAAACGUGCAGGAGCUGAAGGAGAACUCCAACAAGGAGCGCCUGUGUGACACAGACCGUGAUCAGGCCCUGCAGGAGCUGAAGGGGGUUCGAGGACUUCUGGUCCACUUCCCCCUGAAAUACUUACAGGAGGAGAAUCUGCUGCCCCCUCUGGCCACUAAAGAGGGCAUGGCUCCUGUUGGCCUGUGGACAUAAACCAUGACUCAGUCCAGGUCAGACCACCACGUGCCGUUCAAAGGGCUGCUGUACCUCACACUCAUGUUUAACACAGUCAUAUAGUUGUUUUUUUUAAUGAAAAUACCGUCACUUUAGGAUCAUGUAUUUUUAAACCACUAAUGCUUUUGUACUGUGUUUUUAACUAAUGAUGAUGUAGUUUAAAAAAUAACCACUAAAAUAUAGAUUUUCUAACAGUGAGUGAUCUUAAAGAGAAGUAAAAUGACCUUUGUUGACCAGUUUGUACACGUUCACGAUGGAACUACUACAGCAGCUACGUCAGAAAUCGGUUACAUUCAAACUCCUCCUGGUAGCUACAUCUCACUGUUACAGGCACAGAGGCAUUGAUAGUGUGGUGAGCAAAAAUAGAGUGGAACUGUGGAAGUGAAUUUGAGUGAGACCAAAAUAGAUGUGUUUUAAGACACGUUUAGCUUACUUGCUAACAGCUAACAAGCAGUGCUGUCCUGCUUUACUCAGAGGUAACGAGGAUCUCUAAAUCUCAGUUCUGCAGACAGUCAAUUUUCAUUUUCGCUUUAAAUUUAAACUCACACUUACAGUUGUUGGGUUAUAGUCGCUGGCGGCGGUUGCCGUGUCGACCAGCCUCGAGUGUCUAGUGUUAUCUCCAACUCCCUCUUUUGGGGAGGUGCUAACAGCGUGAAUGAAAUUCGCAGGUUUGGAAACAGUCUGAACUGCAGGACAGGACGUGAAGAAAACACUAAAAAUGAAUGUAUGGGUGGGACGAGUGUGGAGAGGAGAGGAGAGGAGAGGAGAGGAGAGGCAGUGCUGGAAAUCAGACUCCUGACAUUCUCUGGGAACACUGUGUACAUGUAUACGAGCAGAGAUGUGAGGUGGGUGGGUGGGUUUUACUGCCUCCCUCUCCAUCACUCACUCUCUGUUUCUCCCCCCCUCUCCCUCUCUGUCUCUCACUCUCCCUCUCUCCCUCGGAAGCUUCACCUCUCUCUACAGAGCCAACAAAUCUGUCAGAACAUUUGUGGUUGUUAUGGUGACGGAUAUAAAAAGAUGAUGGUUUGGAACAGAAAUAAAGACUGGAUUUAAAAGUGCAAAAAAAAAGAGAGAGGGAGAUAUAAGUGAUGAGCGUCUGUAGCAGGAAACAGAGGCUAAUAUGUGAAAAUCAGACUGAGAAAAAUCUGGAAAAAUCUAUUGUGUUAAACAUAAGAUACAAUAGGGGGGGAGGGGGGGGGGACAAGGUGAAAUAAAUAACAAUGUGCCUGGUCAGAACACUGAUGUACAUCAGCAUUUUAUUGCAGCAUUUUUAUUAUUUUUAUUUUUUUUCUAUAUUCUGUUUCAAUAGUUUGACAGGAUGUUUCUGUUGUAGUAUUUUUUCUAACACUACAUAUUAAUGGUUGCUACAUUUAUCCUUUUAUCAAUUUCAAAGUUAAAUUUCCUUCAUCUGAGCCACAGUGAAUAUUGUGACAACUACUUCACCAUCUGAAGAGUCUGUACAUUAGAUGGUAAAUCCAGAUCAAAGCGUCUUCAAUAACGCUUGAAUUUGUUUGGAAAUGCCAGUGUAACUGACUUUAGAUGCCGUGUUCGUAUUGGAAUUUUCCCACAGCCGUAAAUCAAAUGUGAGAAAAUUGGAUUCUCUAGUAUAAUUUCCACUAUUUAAAGGUUUUUAAUGUGGGGUGAAAACUGUACAAUUAUUCUUCUGACAGUCGUCUGGGCAGCAUCAACAGGGCAGGGUGAACUGUGGUGACGUCUGCGGCCACUCACAGCUAACAAAACCAGCAUUUAUAAAUGAUCUGCUCUGGAUUUAGGCAACGUCACAAAUGUUGUUCAUAUUUUAGCCUGUAUGCCCUGAAUUUGAAAAAAACAAAACAACCCAACAAAUUAGGAAUGGAAAUUAUCUUUGUCUUUUAGACUAGAAAAGAAGUUAACAUUUGGCUGCAAGUCAUUUUUUAUAAGAACUUAUAUUUAUGCUGUAUUACAGUUUCUUUUGAGCCAUUACUCUGUGUCAUAUGUGAUAAACAGAGAUGUGCAUGACGUGCAUCCCUGUUCAGUGAGUAAGAGUCUUCACUACUUCACUGAAUGUCUCCGUUCACAGAAUAGCCAGUAAAACCUUCAGUGGUUACAGAUGUUUUGUUUCUUUCACAGUGAUUCAUUGGAGGAUAUGAACAUCUUUUAUAAACCCUUUCACUCCAGAACAUUUUAUUUUUCUCUAAAAAAAAAGAAGCUCAAUUUAUUUCUUUUAAUUGCAGAUAUGUCUGUACUAAACUGAGAAGUGACCUUAAAAAUAUAAACUACAUAUUGAGUUAGGUACUAGCCAGCGUUACCAUUUACAUGUAGAAAUAUGUUAAUAAAAGAAAUUAAUUUUUGUCUAACAGGAGUCGUCCCAUGGCAAUUACAUGGAUAUUUGUAGGUGUAGGUUGAUUGUACAGGUUCAUGUAUUAAUGUUACUCACCCUCAGGGCCAAGAAAUACAGUUCACAUUCUUUCACUAAAUGUUGUAAUUUUAGUACAGUGUAUAAAGGACAUGGCAUUUUAGAUGAAUAAACUUUUUAUUAACUUUU